CGGGUGAAGGCAUCCUCGUCGACGGUGGUGACCGUUGAUGUGGAUGUGGAUGUUGAUGUUCUGCCACUGGCAACGGUUGGCAAGCUGCCAGGACCAAGCAUCUUGAAGUCCUCAGCGAAAUACAGCAGCAUUCAACAGGCGGUAGAUGAGAAUGGCAGGCACAGGGGCCAGACUCAGACCAGUUCCAGCAAGAAGCCACUCAUCGUAACAGAUACGGAAAAAAAGGAGAACAAUCAAAAAGGUGAACAAAAUUUGGCUAGCACUACCAAGGUUCUGUCUACUGGCACCAUGAGCAGCGGACGUGAAUGCAUCACCAUGUCCACAUUCGCAGUGGCUGGUGAGAAAGACUCAAAGAAAGUAAAUCAGCCGACACUUGGAGCUGUUGGGUCGGUCAAAGCGUCCAUAACAUCUGGUGGACCUCCCUUAGGCUUGAAGCCCAUGGCUUCUACUGUUGCAUCUCCCACAUCUCCACCUGGAAAUGUCUGUGCUGCUGUACCUCAAGUCAGGGCAUCACCGACAGCAGCUAUAUACUCUGAAGGGGACGGAGCUCGAAACAAAACGACUUCAUCAGUAGCGGUGGGUGCUUUUUCAGUCUCAGGAAGGACACAAUCAACUCUUGGUACCCCAGAGAUAGCUAAACUCAAAACAACUAAAGCAACUCCUGCUGGUAUUGUAUCAGAGGACAAGCCUAAGGCAGGGCCAACUAUAAAUCCCUCUGGAACGAAGCCAACUGCAUCUUUGACAGCGGCUAAGCCAAACACUACAGCUUCAUCGACAGUAAACGUUAGUGCGGCCAGCACCACAACAGUCAAUGCCAAAAUAAAUGCAAAUGCAGCUUUAAACGAUCAGAAGACGCAAGCUGCCGGUAUAACUGUGACGACAAUUACACAGACAGCUGUUUGUGUUGCCAAUGAGAGAGCGGAUCCAUCGCCAAUUUCUGCCAAAGGAAUGCCGAUUUCAGUGAUUUCAACAACAACAACUUUAGCGAGUACAGCAGCUGCAUCAUCAAAACCCCAAACAGUAAGGGCUAUACCAGCGUGUAGUAUACCAGGCGCCACAACACCAGCUACAUUUGCAGCCCCAAAAGCAACAGUGGCAGCUACUCCCACAGAAUCAAAUCCUGCAGUAAAAGCUCCUGCCAAGAGCACUGCUACCAAGGGAUUAUCUUCAAAGCCGACUGCAGGUGCAACAACAGCCACGCCAAAAACAGCACCUCCUUCUUCAUCAGUAACUGCCAAGCUACCCGCGGUCUCGGCGACCGACCCAAGGGAACUAUCAUCUGUCAAACAAUCGGACAUAGCUCUAAAAACAACGUGCAGCCCUGCUGCUUCCGAUAUUGCCCCACAAGCUAAAAACAAAGUCAAAACCAUGAAACCAGGCACUGCGAGGCCAAUGGCUACAAGUCCUACGAAGUCGACAGUCAAGCCAACAAAGCCAGUAUCAACCAGUCCCACAAAAACAAUAAGGGGAAAAUCUGUAACUUCACCUGGAACCUCUGCUAACACAGGAGCAUCAGUGGGAACCGCUGGUAAGACAGGAGCUUCUACCAGUAAGACCACUAGCAGCGGCAAAGCGAAAGCAAAUUUAUCAGCAUCAACUAGGAAAUAAGCAGACGAAGUGAUCUCGUAUUCUCAUAAAACUAAAAAUAGGUAAAUGGGAUAGAAUGAAUCUGUUGAGAUCAUACUAUUGCCCAAUAUCGAAUACUAUUUUUAUAAGUAUAUACUAUAUGUAUGUAUGUAUGUAUCUAACGAGCUAAGCAAACAAAUUUUGUUAGCCCAACGGCAACCUAACCAUAUAUGAAUGUUAUGCGUUUAGAUGUUUAUACAUAUAUGUAUGUAGAUAAUCGGAAAGAAAAUAUUUUAGAAAUCUUAAAUUUGGAUUUAAUUUUACUUUUGGGAGACAGGCAGAAAUUAGGAUGAAUAUGAACGGAGAUUUCCAACGGGAAAGACAAAACAGAAAAACCUUCAUGUUUCCUAUGAGAAAGUACCUAUUUAUGAGAAUUCUGUUCCUUAGUGCAUACCUAAUGAAGAUAUAAUAGCAUGGAGCGGAGAUGGAUGUGGAUGUGGGUGUGGAUUUGGAAAGACUUGAUUGCCAUUACGAACAAGUUAACGUAGAAUUUAGUAGGCUAGAUGAGGGAGAUGAGAUGAGAAUGUCCUGUAGUUUGUUUAUACUAUGUAUGUUUAUAUGGAAGUACAUAUGUACUUUCAGUACAUCCAUACAAAUAUAUGAGUGUGCGAAUUUGGAACCCAAUUUGAUAAUGAAAUCAAACGAAAUUAAUAGCAAUGUGCAAAAGCAAACGUUUAAAGUUUUUAAACAAAAACAAUUUAUAUAAAAAUAUACAAAUAAUGUAAAAAUAAGAAAGCAUUUCUUUGUUUGUGUUGUUUUAUACCACAAAUAUUUUUAAAAAUAUUUUGGAAAGAUCGAUCAGACGGAGUAGAAAGGGUAACUUUGUAUUUUAUAUACAGAGCUCCUGUAUUGUAUAUGUAUGCACAUUGUACAUACAUAUACUCGUAUGUAUCUCAUAAUCUCUGUAAAUGUAUAUCUAACUAUACACUCGCUGUACCCCAUGUUUUCUUAGGCCUAACUAAAUGAGAGACUCAUGUACCUAAAUGAAAAUGAAGUUGCAUCAGAUCCAAUCGAUUUGCGUGCAGUUGUAUGAUUAAGAAACAAAAAUAUAGUUAUAAAUGUUUUAUGUGUGCGAAUUAGAGAUACUAAACUAAAAUCAAAAUGCUCAUAGAAAAACAGAACAAAAAUAAAACAAUAACUAUUACUACAAUUCAAGAAUUUAUAUAACCAUUGUUGUGUAUUCAUGUUUGAAAUGUAAUUUAUUAGUUGCCCAAUUUAACGGCAAAGAAACGAUAUAUUAAAUAAAAUAUACAAAAUA